AAAAGUUUCUAAAUCAUCGGUUAGGUUUGGCUUUGGGUUUGGUUCUAAAUCAAAGGAGUGACAUUUGGUUUAUUCAUUCGGUAGACACUCGACAUCUCUCCUCCCCAAUUUGCUCCCAAAUCCUUUUCAUGGCGUCGCUUCUUUCUCCCUCCUUAUCUCUUCAACCACCGUUUUCUUCUUCUCCACAAGUCCAAUGUCUGAAAAAAGGUGCUUUCUCUUCUGCUUCCUUGGUUCGAGAUUCAUCGUCGACGCCGUAUGUCUCUUCACCUUCUUCUUCGGUUACAUCGUCUUCUACCUCCAAUUUGAUUCCGCAGGUGGUCGUAACCCGAGAACGGGGAAAGAACAAACAAAUUAUAAAAGCCUUGGAGAAACAUGGGAUAUCAUCUUUAGAGCUUCCUCUGAUUCAACAUGCUCGAGGACCUGAUUUUGAUCGGCUUGCUUCUGUAUUAAAUACGAGUUUUGACUGGAUCAUCAUAACAUCUCCAGAAGCAGGUUCUGUCUUUCUCGAGGCCUGGAAGGCAGCUAGCUCUCCAAAAGUGAAAGUAGGUGUAGUGGGAGCUGGAACAGCCCGCAUAUUUGAAGAAGCAAUGCAAUCGGCACAAGGAUCCCUUCAUGUUGCCUUCACACCAUCAAAAGCAACUGGUAAAGUCUUGGCUUCGGAGCUUCCAGAGAAUGUGGGCAAAAGGUCGUCUGUCUUAUACCCGGCUUCUCUAAAAGCAAGCAGUGACAUUGGUGUGUAUUGGUUAGUCCAUGACUUGACCACCUUACUCUGCUUCUUACUCUCCAUGAUAUGCAUCUUAGAGGAAGGGUUGUCCAGACGUGGGUUUGAAGUUCUGAGACUGAAUACAUACACAACAGUUCCUGUGCAGAGUGUUGAUGCGAUGCUCCUGCAACAGGCAUUGUCUGCGCCUGUUCUUGCUGUUGCUUCACCUUCUGCAGUUCGGGCGUGGAUGAAUCUGAUUCAAAACGCGGAGCAAUGGGGCAAUUAUGUUGCCUGCAUAGGAGAGACAACUGCUUCAGCUGCAAGACGAUUAGGGUUAAAACACGUGUAUCAUCCCGAGCAACCAGGACUUGAAGGGUGGGUCGAGAGCAUCAUGGAAGCUCUAGGUGCUCACGUAGAUUCAAUUAUCUCUAGCCGAAGGAAUUGAUUUACAGCUUCUUAGAUUUCACUUAUGGAGUAGAACUUUGAAUUGGGACCAUGCCUGUAAUUUACAAGAGGAAAAAAGAUACCAAAUGAUAAAAGUAUAUAAUUAAUGUUUUGGAUACUCACAUUAUUAACGAUCUAAAAAUGAGAAAAAUGCUAUAAAAAUGCCGAACUUUCAAAUUUAUUUGAAAGCAUGAUCUAUUUGUCAUCCGUUUAAAUAAACAAUGAUCCAUUUAAAAAACAA